AUGCCUAAAACAAAAAGGAGUAACGGAAAAUCCGACAAAAAUGACGGAGACGAGCCGGAGAUUUUCGUCGUUCCAUCUUCCAGUACCGAAUCACAACAAGACGAAAAAGAAGAAGAAGAAGAAAACGACGGCGUAGAAAAUGUUCAGGAGGAAUACGUAAGAGAUACGGACGAAGAAGAAGAAGAAGAAAAGGCCGCGGAGGGCAAAGCCGGUAAUAAUACUAAUCGCCGAGGCAGGGACGAGAAAUUGGAAGUACAGAAGAAGGUUUAUAGAAGAAAGGGGAAGAAAGGAGAUGAAAAUAGAGAAAAUGAAGCAAAAAAGUCAAAGCAAAGUGAGAGUGAAAAUUUGAAAAUAUAUAUGAGGAAGAAGAAGGUCAAAAAUGGGAAGGAAAAAGAAGAGGAGGAGCAGAAUGUUGCAAAAACAGCUAAAAGGGAAAAGGAUAAUACCGAGAAAAAGAUGAAGGAGAAGAAUGAAAAAGGAAGAAUAGGCAAAAAUGCAAAGAGCAAUGGAGAUUCGACUCGUGGAUGCAAAAUUGAGAACAAGAAGAAGAAAAAUGAAGAGGAAGGAGGACAAAAAGUAGCCAAAAAGGCGAAGAGCAAUGGUGAUUCGAGUUGCGGAGGCAAAAAUGAGAACAAGAAGAAGAAAAGAGAAGAGGAAGGAGGACAAAAAGUGGCAAAAAAGGCGAAGAGCAAUGGAGGGAGAGGAGGAGGAGGAGGAGGAGGAGGAGGAGGAGGAAAAGCAACAAAAAAGGCUAAGAGCAAUGGCGAUUCGAGUAGGUCGAAAAAAGAAGAGAAAAAAAUGAAGAAAACAGAGAAUAAGAAGGAAGGAAAUGAAGAAGCUGAAGAAAAGGGAGUGAAAAGGGCACAGAGUAAUGGGUCUACAAGUCGAGCUACAAAAGAGAAGAUGAAAAGGGAGAAGGAGGAAAACGAGGGUAAAGCAAGUAAUGGGAAGGUAGAAAAUGGAGCAAGGUGCAAUGGUGACACCCCUUUGAAGAAAUUAAAGGCAAAGAAGAAAAGGGAAGAUGAUGAAGAGGAGGAACAUGAGAAGAGUGAAAGUGCUCUUAAUCAGUUUCCUCAUAAUCGAAUCCAUCGAAUAAUAAAGGACGAAAAUUCUGAUAUGAGGAUGUCCCAAGAAGCAACAUUUGUUGUUAACAAAGCUACGGAGAAAUUUCUUGAAGUAUUUUGCAGGGAGGCUUAUGCUUGUUCUUUUCUGGAUCGCAACAAUUAUGUUGGAUAUGACCAUCUCUCUUCAGUUGUUUCCAAACGACACAGAUUUGACUUUCUUUCAGAGUUUGUUCCGCAGAAAGUAAGAGCUGUAGAUGCAUUGGCUGAAAUCCCCAAGGCUGAGGAGACAUGAUCUCGCCGAUCUGGAAUUGAUGCUUUAUACAAUUUAUUGUUGUUCGUACAUGACAUCAUUUUUGCACCAACUAUUGAGAGCAGUAACAUAGUUUUCCCAGUUUGCUAAUACAGGAUAUAGGGGGAGAAGGUUACGGGAAAGGGGAAACGAACCUGGGGUUUUGGGGUGGUGAAUGGGCCAUUCUGUUCUAAUCAAAUUGGUUUCCUAUCUUUGCAGAGCUUAUGACUGUAAAUAAACAUGUAUCUAAGCUCUUGAACAUUUAGCUUGACUUAAUGAUAGAUGUUGACGAGUUCUGAUCAGGUAUGAUGUAUCUCAAUGCAUGUGCUUGGAUCAUAAUGUCAUAUUUGUAGGUAAAACCUCAUUGUGAUACUAUGCGUCUGUGCCUCUGUGAAGACUGAAGAGACAUGUCCACUGCUUAAUCCCGUUAACUUGUGGAUUGAAGAAGUCACUUCUUUUCUUUUCUCUGCUUUUAAGCUUUCGUUUAUCAUAGAUACCAUUACCAUAUGAAGAACAAACAGAUUUACAAUAUAUGGACAUUUUGAUAA